GUAGUUGUCAAUUGUAGUUGUAUAUGUUGCGUGGGCGAAUUUGUUAUCAAAAAGCUGCAAAAUAGUUAUUAUUUUGAGUUAUAUGUUUGAAUACAAAACUAUUGUUUAACGCUAUGUGCAUUCUUUAUCUAUUUGAAGAGGCAAUUUUUACAUUAAGUUUAUAAAUUUAAAUAACAAAGUGAAAUGGGUUGCUGUUAUAGUUACUUUUGUGAUCAAGACUCAUCGUCUCAGAAUGGAGAACCAAGUGAAAGAACUCCUCUGGUAAAUCCUGUAUCAAAUAGCAUUAAUAAUCACCAAAUUAAUUGUGAUGAUUAUCUUAUAAGAAAUGCAAAUUCUCUACCUAAAAAGACUGAUGAGCAAUCUGCUUUAAACCGAAUUCUUCAAGAAACUGCAACAGAUGUUAUUGAUAUAGCUGCAUUAGAUUCACACAAUUUACAACAACAUGAAUAUUUAGAUAGAAUGAAACAAUACUCAUUAAAGUUACAACAAGCUUGUGCUGCAAACAAAUUGCCUCAAAAGAACAACAAAUCUAUUUUGCAAGAUAUUCCACAACCAGAAAAGGUUCUUAUGACUGCCCCACUUAGCAGCUCAGAUAUAAGUCUAAUAUCAUCGAUUGUUAAUAAAGCAACUACUGCAAUAAGUGAUAUUAAAAUUGAACAUAAAGAAGAGCUGGUUGCAUCCUUUCAGAUCCCCUGAUGACCUUAGUCUGCGAUGUAAAUCAGAGUCUCUUUCAUUUAUUAGUUGUAUUACAUUUUUAAUUCUAUUUGUUAUCCAACAACACAUAUUUGUAUAUAACAAAGUACAAUAUAUCAUAAGUAGAUUAUUUGAAAAUAUAUAAAGUGCUUCGUUUAUCAAAAAUAAUAUUCAAUUUUAAUUGGUUUGUAUUAUAUCUGUUGAUUAUGAUGAGUAAUACUUUAACAAGUGUAAUUGUCUGUUAAUCUAAAGAUUUUACUGUAUAUUUGUGUUAGUAUUUUUAUAAUAAAAUGUAAGUUUUGCCUAA